AUGUCUGACCCGGAGCCUUCUGCUGCGCCAUGCUCAUCGUCUCCGCCAACAGCCCAGGCGUCCGAGUCCACAGCUGCUCUUAAUUAUGCCUUCCUCGUACACUCGCAGAAAACCCUAACGCAGAACCUUCCCCCGCGUGUCGAUAACAAAUUACUCGCUCGGCAGAAGCGUCGCCGCACAAGUCCUGAGGACCAUGCAAUUCUGGAGGCAGAGUAUCAAUGUAAUCCGAAGCCAGAUAAGACGGCGCGGGCCAGCAUAGUCAGUCGCGUGUCAUUGGGUGAAAAAGAAGUCCAAAUAUGGUUUCAGAACCGUCGCCAGAAUGAUCGUCGGAAGUCGAAACCCCUCCAACCUCAUGAACUGCUGGCUCCUCGGUCCGACGCGUCGAAACAGAGCUUCAGUGAUGAGAGUGUACCUACGGAACCAGGCUCUUCUAGUGGGACGGAGCAGUAUGACGACCCUAGAAAUGAGAACAAUGCGGUGGCACGGGUUUUGGAGAAUGACUCUUUAACAUCGGAUAUGAUUCGUGGAAGCCAAGAGGAAACUGAGCAGCCUGUCUUGAGUUCCCAGACGAGCGUAGCAACAUCAGAAGCCCCAGAAAAUAGGGAAGGGGCACAAGAGAACUCUCGGUCGGAAUUUGAAUUGAACCAAGAACACGCGAGCGUACCAACCGAUACACCACAGCAGAACUCUGCUAAAAGGAAGCGAUCGAUCACGGACCUUAGACAAGGAAGAUCAGAAGCACAGCAACCCUUAACACCAUAUGGAAUGCAGAGCAUGAGAUCACCACCGUCUCUGCGGAUAUCCUUAUCGUUUGAUGGAGAAGCUAUGGUGAGAAAGGAAGGCGAAUUGACUCCCUCCCCGCCCAAAGGACGUAACGCGCUCCGAAUUGCCAUGUCUUCAGACGGAAAAGCCGUGAUCCGUGCCGAUGGAGAACCAUCACCAUCCAAGAACCGUAUUUCAAUGUUUCCAACCCGGACCCCUCGAUUCUCGGGACUUCGGAGAAGCAAUAGUGCAGUGGUUCUGGGAACACCUAGAGGAUCUAUCGAAAAGGAAAGAAUCUUUGGACGAUCACGAGACCCUCGGAAUUGGGAAUCGGUUUUCGACACUGAUGCCCGGAGUGCAUUAUCCACCCCAUCCAGCUCACAAAGUGGAACACAUACUGGAUCCCCUGGAUUCUUCCGCUCCGGCGGUCCUCGUUCGUUGACACGAAGCCUAUCGGCAAAAUACAAGAACACUGCAACAUUCAACUCCUCUGAACAUCUUAACACACCCGUUCCUCAAGCUACAAGGGAAAAGAGAAGAAAAUUAUCGCGUGCGGUUUCGUCGUUGGGCCGUCUCGAAUCUGGUCUCGAAAUCACCAACGAUAAGAACACGUCUUACUCAGCGAAAAUAUCGAAGAGCAUGGCAGGAAAAGGCAAUGGAGACAUAGAGUGCGGCGAUUCAGACAAGGAGAACUGGAUCCCCGGUACCCAAACUUCUCGUGUCCGCCGACGAGCGGCUUCUCAACAUCAUUCAUCACGUCCCGUCCUGAGAGAUGCUAACGGCAAGGAUGGAAAAGUCAACAAGGACCUAGCUGCCAGACGCUCUCGGUUCUCUCAGGCGUCGCAGCGUAAAGCAAACGAGAAAGCUUUGCCAAUAGUCGAUACAGAAGUGUCUGCAUUCAUGGCUGGUGGGGGUGGUUCCAGUCAGGAAGAAGACCUCGAUUGCAUCCAGGGCCUCUUGUCCUUGAGCCAAGGUGCAUGGCGAUAG